CCAACCUCAUCGUCUCGUCUCGUCUCCUUCCCCAGCUCCUCCCCUCCUCCAACUCCAAGCUUUUCCAUCCAUGGCCAUGGCGUUCACCUCCCAGCUGCUGCCGCCAAUGGCAGCGGGGCCCCUGUCGCCAGCCCUCUUCGCCCCCUCCUUCACCCUCCGUGCCCACGGGCGCCAUGGCCUCCGCCGCCUCGUCACUCCACUGCGAGACGGCUCCUCCUGCAGGGGAGGGAGGAGUACGAGAAGACACAACUUUUCCUGUAUAUUCCAGUGUGCCAAUGAGGCGAAUGUGGUGACUACUGAGGAAGAAAUUGCCAAAGAUGAUACUGAUGAUGAAACUUCUUCUGAUGCUGAAAUUGAUGAAGAUGCUGAAGCAAAUGGUGAUGAGUCCUCGGACCCCGAUGAAGCUGCUUCUGUUUCCUGGAUAGAACAUCAGCCUCUUCCUUAUCCUUUAGAUGCCCUAGAGCCAUACAUCAGCAAGGAGACGGUGGAGCAGCACUGGGGAGUUCAUCAGCGUAUUCAUGUGGAGAGGCUCAACGGCAUGAUCGGUGGCAGCGAGUGGGAGGGGAUGUCGCUGGGGCAGAUGAUGCUAUCCUCCUUCAAUGAGGACAGGGAGGCACCCCAUCGCCCCUUCUUCCAUGCUGCGCAGAUAUGGAACCAUGAUUUCUAUUGGCGAUCUAUGCAACCUGGUGGUGGGGGAAAGCCUCCGGAACGUCUUCUGAAAUUUAUUAACAGGGAUUUUGGAUCUUAUGAUGGCAUGAUUCAACAAUUUAUGGAUGCUGCCUUAACUCAAUUUGGUUCUGGAUGGGUUUGGCUUUGUUAUAAAACAAGCAAGCUGCCUUAUGUGAAUUCAAGAAGUCCAAUCCCAUCUGAUAAUUAUGGCAGGCUGGUCAUCUCAAAGACUCCGAAUGCCAUCAAUCCUCUUGUCUGGGGUCACUCUCCACUCCUUGCAAUUGAUGUCUGGGAGCAUGCGUAUUACCUGGAUUAUGAGGAUCGAAGAGCUGACUAUGUCUCCAAAUUUAUAGAGAAGCUUGUGUCAUGGGAAAUGGUUGAGACUAGGCUUAAGAAAGCUGUACAAAGGGCAUUAGAAAGAGAUGAAUAUGUCAGCACAAAGCUUAUAAGGAAGCAACUUUUAGCUCGGGAAAAGAACCGAAUUAGAGCUAGGCCUCAGCAGGUCAAUGGGGAUGCAAGGGAGCAUACUAACAGUCAAGAAAGGUCCCUAGGGGUGUGACUACAGAGCCAGAAAGUGAGGUGCAGCAGAUGGCUCGUAUUGUCAAAUUGGACCAUGACGAUGAUGACUUGUAGCACAGGAAGCUAGAACAACUGAUAAAAUCUUCAA